GAAACAGGAAUCCAAGACAGUCAUUGUAAAGAAGAGAAAAUACCCUUUUGAAAUGUAUUGAGAAACCCUUUCUGGAUGAAACGCGCUGAUGUUCUUGAGUGUGUUCAGUUUCUGUGGAUCAAAUCUCCCCCAUCUCUGCAUCCAAGCUAUCUGGCCGUGAUCAGAUGAUCACAGCUCAAGGAAGUGAUUGGAGGGCGAGCUGGCUGCAGCUGCUGUGUAGGCUUGCUCCCGGAGACAAGGAGCCACUGUUUUUCAAACAUAGCAUCAACAUAGAAGUUAUUCUGUAGGCUCCAGGAUGCAGCGAUGGGCUGCACUGCCAGCAUUGUUCUGCUUCAAGCGUUUCGCUCUGUGGUGCAGAGGAGCUGUCCACACAUUUGUAGAAGGCGCCAGGAGGAACCAUCCCAUGAAAUCGUGCCUCUUGAAAGUGACGACGAAAUGAGUAGACCCAGAACCCUCAUAAUGCAGGAAAAACCCAGACUUUUGGAGCCUUUGGAUUAUGAAACUGUCAUUGAAGAACUUGAAAAGACCUAUCGGAAUGAUCCUCUUCAAGAUCUUCUCUUCUUCCCCAGUGAUGACUUCUCAACAGCCACGGUUCCUUGGGAUAUCCGAACUCUGUAUUCCACGGUACCGGAAGAGGCAGAGCACAAAGCAGAAAGUUUGCUGGUAAAAGAGGCUUGUAAAUUCUACAGUUCCCAGUGGUACGUGGUAAACUACAAAUAUGAACAAUAUUCUGGAGACAUCCGACAGUUGCCCCGAGCUGAACACAAGCCAGAGAAGCUUCCUUCACAUUCCUUUGAGGUUGACCAUGAAGAUGCUGAUAAGGACGAAGAUACCACAUCCCACUCAUCUUCCAAGGGCGGUGGGGGAGCUGGAGGCACUGGUGUGUUCAAGUCUGGCUGGCUUUACAAAGGGAAUUUUAACAGCACUGUGAACAACACUGUCACUGUUCGGUCAUUCAAAAAGCGCUACUUCCAGCUGACUCAGUUGCCAGAUAACUCCUACAUUAUGAACUUUUACAAAGACGAAAAGAUAUCCAAAGAACCCAAAGGCUGCAUCUUUUUGGAUUCCUGCACAGGUGUGAUACAGAAUAACAGGCUGAGGAAAUAUGCCUUUGAAUUGAAAAUGAACGACCUGACCUAUUUUGUGCUGGCAGCUGAAACUGAGUCAGAUAUGGACGAGUGGAUUCACACACUCAACCGCAUCCUGCAGAUCAGUCCCGAGGGGCCACUCCAGGGAAGGAAGAGUGCAGAGCUCACUGAGCUGGGGCUGGAUCCAUUGGAUACUUCUGUGACUUGUGAAUGUACACUGGAGGAAACAGAUUCUUCAGAGAACAGCCUACAUCCCGACUUUGCAAAAUACCUCACAGAAACUGAAGACACGGUCAAAACAACGCGAAACAUGGACAGGCUCAAUCUGUUCUCACUGGACCCAGAUAUAGAUACACUGAAGCUUCAAAAAAGGGACCUGUUUGAACAUGAGUUUGGGAUCAAACCCUUUGAAGAGAAAGCUGCCAAGAGAAUCAUGAUCAUCUGUAGAGCUCUCAACUUAAAUCUUCAGGGAUGUGUUACAGAGAACGAAAAUGAUCCUGUAACCAAUAUUGAGCCUUUUUUUGUGAGUGUGGCGCUUUAUGACCUCAGAGAUAGCCGGAAGAUCUCUGCUGAUUUCCACGUGGAUCUGAAUCACCCUGCUGUCCGGCAGAUGCUCUCCGGGGCGCCAGCGGCCUUGGAAAACGGCAACAUGGACACUGGGGGCACACCAAGACAAUCAGAAGAGCCUCGCCUAAAGGGCAUUCCAGAGGAGUGGUUAAAAUUCCCAAAGCAGGCAAUAUUCUCUGUGAGUGAUCCGCACUCAGAAAUUGUUUUGGUGGCCAAAGUCGAAAAAGUCUUAAUGGGAAACAUUGCGAGUGGUGCUGAACCCUAUAUUAAGAACCCAGAUUCCAACAAGUUUGCACAAAAAAUACUCAAAUCCAAUAGGCAGUUCUGCAGCAAAUUGGGGAAAUAUCGGAUGCCAUUUGCUUGGGCCAUGAGAUCUGUAUUUAAGGACAACCAGGGAAACGUGGACAGAGACUCAAGAUUUUCUCCAUUGUAUAGACAAGAAAGUAGCAAGAUUUCAGCUGAGGACCUACUUAAACUGUUAUCAGACUACAGACGAGCUGACCGGACAAGCAAAAUGCAGACCAUCCCUGGAAGCCUGGAUAUCGUUGUGGACAACAUUCCCUUGGAGCAGCCAAACUGUGUAACAUCGUCCUUUAUCCCUGUCAAGCCUUUCAACGUGGUGGCUCAGUCAGAACCUACAGUGGAGGUGGAAGAAUUGAUUUAUGACUCAACAAAGCAUUGUCGUCCAUACAGAGUAUACAAAAAUCAAAUUUAUGUCUACCCCAAACACCUAAAGUACGAUAGCCAGAAAUGCUUCAACAAGGCACGAAAUAUAACUGUGUGCAUUGAAUUCAAAAAUUCUGAUGAAGAUGGUGCCAAGGCCAUGAAGUGUAUUUAUGGAAAACCUGGAGGGCCACUCUUCACUUCAGCUGCCUACACAGCUGUACUGCAUCAUUCUCAGAAUCCAGAUUUCUCUGAUGAGGUGAAAAUUGAGCUACCAACACAGCUUCAUGAAAAACACCAUCUUUUAUUUUCUUUUUAUCACAUCACAUGUGACAUCAAUGCCAAAGCUAACGCCAAAAAGAAAGAGGCUCUGGAGACUUCAGUGGGAUAUGCUUGGCUUCCUCUGGUGAAACAUGAUCAAAUAGCUUCUCAGGAGUAUAAUAUCCCAAUAACAACCACCCUGCCUCCAAAUUAUUUAAGCAUCCAAGAUUCUGCAAGUGGAAAGCAUGGUGGAAGCGACAUUAAAUGGGUCGAUGGUGGCAAACCACUUUUCAAAGUGACAACGUUUGUUGUGUCAACAGUGAACACUCAGGACACACAUGUGAAUGCAUUUUUCCAUCAGUGCCAAAAGAGAGAAAAAGACAUGUCUCAGUCACCUACCUCGAGUUUUGUCCGUGCUUGUAAGAACUUACUAAAUGUGGACAAGAUCCACUCGAUCAUGAGCUUCCUGCCUAUCAUCUUGAAUCAGCUCUUCAAAAUUCUAGUGCAGAAUGAGGAAGAAGAAAUCACUGCGACCAUCACCAGGGUUCUGGCUGACAUUGUGGCCAAGUGUCAUGAGGAGCAGCUAGACCAUUCUGUCCAGUCAUACAUUAAGUUUGUAUUCAAGACCAGGUCCUACAAAGAGAGAACGAUACAUGAGGAACUGGCUAAAAAUUUGAGUGAUCUUUUGAAGUCAAAUGACUCAACAGUAGUCAAGCAUAUCCUAAAGCAUUCUUGGUUCUUCUUUGCAAUUAUUCUAAAAUCAAUGGCACAGCACUUGAUUGAUACAAAUAAAAUUCAGCUUCCCAGAGCUCAAAGAUUCCCUGAGUCUUACCAAAGUGAACUAGACAAUCUGGUGAUGGGCUUGUGCGACCAUGUGAUUUGGAAAUACAAGGAUGCCCUGGAGGAAACAAAAAGGGCGAACCACAGCGUCGCCAGAUUCCUUAAGCGCUGCUUUACAUUUAUGGACCGGGGAUUCGUGUUUAAGAUGGUGAACAAUUACAUCAGCAUGUUCUCCUCCGGUGAGUUGAAGACUUUAUGCCAGUAUAAGUUUGACUUUCUUCAAGAGGUUUGUCAACAUGAGCACUUUAUUCCUCUGUGCCUCCCCAUAAGAUCAGCGAACAUUCCAGAUCCUCUGACGCCUUCAGAAUCAAUUCAAGAGUUACAUGCCUCAGAUAUGCCUGAAUACUCGGUCACAAAUGAAUUUUGCCGCAAACACUUCUUAAUUGGAAUUCUGCUCCGGGAAGUCGGAUUUGCCCUGCAGGAGGACCAAGAUAUCAGGCACUUAGCUUUAGCUGUCCUAAAAAAUCUAAUGGCUAAACAUUCUUUUGAUGAUCGAUACAGAGAACCCAGAAAGCAGGCACAGAUAGCGAGUCUGUACAUGCCUCUGUAUGGCAUGCUGCUGGACAAUAUGCCAAGAAUCUACCUAAAGGACCUGUAUCCUUUCACUGUGAAUACGUCCAAUCAGGGAUCUAGAGAUGACCUAAGCACUAAUGGAGGAUUCCAAACCCAGACGUCCAUGAAACAUGCAACUUCUGUGGAUACAUCAUUUUCCAAAGAUGUUUUAAAUUCCAUAGCAGCAUUUUCAUCAAUAGCUAUUUCUACAGUGAACCAUGCAGAUUCCAGAGCAUCCUUAGCAAGCCUCGACUCCAAUCCAAGCACCACGGAGAAGAGCAGUGAGAAGACAGACAACUGUGAAAAGAUCCCAAGGCCCUUAUCUUUGAUUGGGUCAACUCUUCGAUUUGACAAAUUAGAUCAAGCAGAAACCAGGAGUCUUCUUAUGUGCUUUCUUCAUAUUAUGAAGACCAUUUCAGUUGAGACUCUGAUUGCUUACUGGCAGAGAGCUCCCAGUCCUGAGGUGUCAGACUUCUUCAGCAUCUUGGAUGUUUGUCUUCAAAAUUUUAGAUACCUGGGAAAACGCAAUAUAAUAAGAAAAAUCGCUGCAGCGUUUAAGUUUGUGCAGUCUACCCAGAACAAUGGAACUUUGAAAGGAUCCAAUCCUUCCUGCCAGAACUCAGGUCUCUUGUCACAAUGGAUGCAUACCACUUCUGGUCACGAAGGACAUAAACAGCACCGAUCUCAAACUUUACCUAUAAUUAGGGGCAAAAACGCACUUUCCAAUCCCAAACUUUUACAGAUGUUGGACAACACCAUGAACAGCAACUCCAAUGAAAUAGACAUUGUCCACCAUGUAGACACUGAGGCCAAUAUAGCCACAGAGGUUUGCCUCACUAUUCUAGACCUGCUGUCUCUCUUCACUCAAGUCCACCAGAGACAGCUCCAACAAUCUGACUGUCAAAACUCACUCAUGAAAAGGGUCUUUGAUACUUACAUGCUGUUUUUCCAAGUCAACCAGUCCGCCACAGCCCUGAAACAUGUGUUUGCUUCUUUGAGACUGUUUGUGUGCAAGUUUCCUUCAGCAUUUUUUCAAGGGCCUGCUGACCUCUGUGGAUCAUUCUGCUAUGAAGUCCUUAAAUGCUGUAACCACAGGUCACGGUCAACUCAGAUGGAGGCCUCAGCACUUCUGUACUUCUUCAUGAGGAAGAACUUUGAAUUUAACAAGCAGAAGUCUAUUGUCCGGUCUCACCUACAACUCAUCAAGGCAGUGAGCCAGUUAAUAGCCGAUGCAGGGAUUGGAGGAUCUCGGUUUCAGCAUUCCCUUGCAAUUACCAACAAUUUUGCCAAUGGAGAUAAACAGAUGAAAAACAGCAAUUUCCCAGCAGAGGUGAAAGACCUAACUAAACGUAUAAGGACUGUUUUGAUGGCCACAGCCCAGAUGAAAGAGCAUGAGAAGGACCCUGAGAUGCUGGUGGACCUCCAAUACAGCCUCGCCAACUCUUAUGCAAGUACCCCUGAGCUGCGGAGGACCUGGCUGGAAAGCAUGGCCAAGAUUCAUGCAAGAAAUGGAGACCUGUCUGAGGCUGCUAUGUGUUACAUCCAUAUAGCUGCUCUCAUCGCAGAAUACCUGAAACGCAAGGGUUACUGGAAAAUGGAAAAGAUUUGCACACCACCCCUGCUUCCAGAAGACACCCAUCCCUGUGGUAACAACCCAUUACUAACAACUCCAGGUGGAGGAAGCAUGUUCUCUAUGGGAUGGCCAGCUUUUCUGAGCAUCACCCCAAACAUUAAAGAAGAAGGAGCAAUGAAAGAGGAUUCUGGAAUGCAAGAUACUCCGUACAAUGAGAAUAUCCUGGUGGAGCAGCUAUACAUGUGUGUGGAGUUCCUUUGGAAGUCUGAACGAUAUGAACUCAUCGCUGAUGUCAAUAAGCCCAUCAUCGCUGUCUUUGAAAAGCAACGAGACUUCAAAAAAUUGUCCGAUCUCUACUAUGAUAUUCACCGGUCCUAUCUGAAAGUGGCGGAGGUGGUGAAUUCCGAGAAGCGUUUGUUCGGUCGCUACUACAGAGUGGCAUUUUACGGGCAGGCUGUGGGAUUCUUUGAGGAGGAGGAAGGUAAAGAGUAUAUCUACAAAGAGCCUAAGCUGACAGGUCUCUCAGAGAUUUCCCAAAGACUUCUCAAGCUCUAUGCAGACAAAUUUGGACCAGACAAUGUGAAGAUAAUCCAGGACUCCAAUAAGGUAAACCCCAAGGAUCUGGACCCCAAAUAUGCCUAUAUUCAGGUGACCUAUGUCACGCCCUUCUUUGAAGAAAAGGAGAUAGAAGACCGGAAGACAGACUUUGAAAUGCAUCACAACAUCAAUCGCUUUGUCUUUGAGACACCCUUCACUCUGUCAGGCAAGAAGCACGGUGGAGUGGCCGAGCAGUGCAAGCGGAGGACUGUCUUGACCACCAGCCACUUGUUCCCCUACGUGAAGAAGAGGAUCCAGGUCAUCAGCCAAUCGAGUACAGAACUGAAUCCCAUUGAAGUGGCAAUUGAUGAGAUGUCCAGGAAGGUCUCCGAGCUUAAUCAGCUGUGCACGACAGAUGAGGUGGACAUGAUCAGACUGCAGCUCAAACUGCAAGGCAGUGUCAGCGUGAAGGUCAAUGCUGGCCCAAUGGCUUAUGCCCGAGCUUUUCUUGAGGAGACUAAUGCAAAGAGACACCCUGACAACCAAGUAAAGCUACUGAAGGAAAUCUUCAGGCAAUUUGCAGAUGCAUGUGGGCAGGCUCUUGAUGUGAAUGAGCGUCUCAUCAAGGAGGACCAGCUGGAGUAUCAGGAAGAACUGAGGUCCCAUUAUAAGGACAUGCUCAGUGAGCUGUCCACCAUCAUGAACGAGCAGCUCUGUCGAGGUCCGUGUCUCUACAGCUUCUGCUCCUCUGUGUCUAGCAUUUCCCUCAGUACUGUGAGCAAAAGUGAUUACGGGCAGGGACGACCCAGCAAAGCACGGAGUGGAGCGACCCUACACACAUGUAACUAGCAAGGUGACCCCAGCCAUACCUACAGUCUCCAUCUCACCUAGUGCUGAAGUUUGAGAGGAACCCUGGAGCAUCAGAUGUACCUCUCAGAGAACUCUGAAGUUUUGCAGCUAAUCUCGGGGAAGAAAAAGAUAGAUUUAAUUUAUUUGAAGUUUUUACAGUGUUAAUAUUUUUGUUUACCUCGCUAGCUUGAGAAUUUUGCCAGCCUCUGAAUUUGCACAUUUCCUAUGAUUCCUUUGUUUCCUUUGAGUGGUAUUGAUCAAACCACACUGAACAUUUGUCCUGAAAUUCCAAUGAAUGUGCAGCUUAAAAGCAAACUGAGUUUGCUCUUGGGUAUAAUGUGUUCAAUUCCAGGUCCUAGUACACGUAUUUUAAAGGUCAAAGUGAAUGUUUUUUUAACAUUUAAGCAUAUUUCAGAUGUAAAUAGAAAAUUGUAAAAUAUAUGGUUUUUAUCAAAUUUCAAAGAAUGUUUUUAGUUAAUACUUAUGAAAGUACUAAAAUUAUAUGAGUAACAUUUCAGAUAAUGUUAUAUUAAAAUAUUUGUGUAUGUGUAAAAAAGUGUUGAUAAAUACUAACCUUUAAAGUUUGUGGAGUUCCUUUAUUUGUAAUAUAUGUGCUUUUAAAAGCAAUGGUAUGUGAAAUUAUAAAAGUAUUUUGCUGUUGUUAAUAUAAAUAAAAAUACCAUUACUUUGCACUUGAUUUCCUUUGGAGAGCUGGGUUGGUAGCAUGCUUGCCUGGUGUGCACAAAAGCCUGGGUUCAAUCCUCAGCUCUGCAUAAACCAGAUAUGGUGGUGGCACCUGCAAUUCUAACACUCAGUAGAUGGAGAUGAGGGGAUGGGAAGUUUAAGGCUACCUAUCUGCAGCUGAUUAGCAAGGGAGGGACCAGCGUGAGUACAUGAGAGGUGUCCUAAUGGCUUCUGUGACUGGUUUAUUGGAUGGGUAUCAAACCAUCCAUACUCUAUCCUUUUAAUGCCUUACCAAAAGAGCAACCCAAGCCUCAGCUUGGAGGAUCCUCUAGAGAUGAAUUAAACACAUUGAAGAUUUCUAAAUAUAGGAUAUUAGAAUGAUUUAGGGGAAAUAUGAACCAGUGUCUUGAUGGCUGUGGUGGCCAUCCACAUGUCUUCUGUUUCUGUCCUCCAUAAACCUGUGAUAGGAUUUGUACUUUGCUGCCUCUCUAGGAGUUAGCAUGGACAUGUGAUUUGUUGUAACCACUGAAAUAGGAAAUAUGAGCUACUAACCAAAAUCAGUUUAGUUAGAGGCUUAAAAGCCAGCGAGUGGCUGUGCCUCAUCCUUUCCCUGAAAUAUCGAUCUUCAAAGCACACACAAAAAAAGAGCCAAAAUCAUCCCUACUCUCCAGGUAACCACACUGAGCCAGAUGUGCACAUAUCCCACAUAACCUCAUAGCUCAUAUAGUGUCAGAGAGAAACAUAGUGUUGAGGGUUAAGCUCCCCAAGACUCAGGAUUGAUUAUAGUUGCAGCAUUAUAUGUCCUCACUAAUGCAUCUCUCUUACUGAAACUGUGAGUGAUAAUUAGUGAGGUUUGGGACUGACUGUCAUAUUUCACUGGGUAGCCUAUUUCCACAAGCCAUCCAACCUCAGCUGUAGUGGAGUCAUUGGACCUGCCUCCAGCUGUAAAAGGUAAACUCUGAAGGGCAGCAUACAGUCCCCUUCAACGGCUAUUCCAAAGCCCUAGGCUCAAAGAAGGAGAUCUUAGUUGGGCUGGGUCAGCCUUUGGCUACACUGGCUUUAUUAGCCAGUAUCAGCACAGGAGAGCAAGGAGAUAAGAUAGGUGUUGGGAAAAGCUUCAGCUAUCAUGAACCAAGAAGAGACAAAAUGAUAUUUUGGGUGAGAAUUCUGACUUCUCAAGACACAUCUAAGUUCUCUGUUCUCCAAUGCAGCUUACUACUUAAAAACUGCCCAAUGUUGAGCUGAACUCUGGCUCCAAAAGUCGCAUCUGCUCCGGUUCUCUUGGUGCCUGUCAUUGAAUUUCCUCCACUUAAAUUGUUAAGCUGCCUAUUGUGGAUGCUGAGGAAAUCUAGAAAGACUGUGUUGUUGAUGUGCUCUACCCUUGAUCUUGCCUACAAGGUCCAAGUCUUCGUGUUCUUCUCAACCGCCUACUCACCAUAUACUAAAGAAAUUAUUGGCAACAGGUGACCCCCCAGAGAUGAAAAUGAGCCCUCCAAAGAUCUCUAAGGAAAUGAGCAUAGCAGAACUUUUCAACCUAGACAAAUAUCAUCCUGUCUUUGCAUCACAGUUAUUUGUAUUUCUAUGACAAAUGGUUUUACUGUGUUCUGCUCCUGACUUGGUUUAUAAAAGAAGUUUAAAUACUCUAGAAAGUCUUUCCUAAACAGCGUUGAAACAUGCCCUGUACCAUCCCAGUUCCCUUGUCCCUUCUCUUCAUCACACUAGAUGCAUCAAAUAGUCAGGCCAGUGACUAAAGCCAGCAUUCCUGUCUUAUAUUCACAUUGUAUUUUUUAAUUAUAUAUCAACACAUCCAUGUCAGAUACAUUUAUAAAGAUAAAAUUCUAGCUUUCUGGUGUUUGUCAAAAAAUCAGGGCAUUUGGCAAUGUUGGAGUCGUAUUUCCCACAAGACGUUGAAUUUAAAAUGAGACAGAGUUGGGGGCUGGAGAGAUGGCUCAGAG